AUGGUUACGACGGUCAGUGGCCCUCUGCCAACUUGGCGCCCGCCUCAGCAAACGUCCUGGCAACGCUUCCGCAAGAACCCGGCGCUGUUCGUCGCGCAGCACCUCUACCGACACAGGGUGCUCCCGCGGGCCCCGCCCGACCCGGAGAGUCCCCUAAUAACCGUCGUGUGCAUCUCCGACACGCACAAUACGCGGCCCGCCGUGCCGUCCGGCGACGUCCUCGUCCACGCCGGAGACCUCACCGUCCACGGCACCUUUGCAGAGCUGCAGGCGCAGCUCGCCUGGCUCAACGCCCUGCCCCACAGAUACAAGGUCGUGGUCGCGGGCAACCACGACCUGCUCCUCGACCCAGCGUUUGUGGCGCGCUCGCCGGACCGCAUCUGCGAGGAAGAGGGCGCAGCGCGGAGCGACCUCGACUGGGGGGGUGUCGUGUACCUGAAUAAUACGUCGGCGCGGCUGGCGUUUCCUGAUGGGAGGGUUGUGCGCGUGUUUGGCUCGCCUUGGACGCCGAGCUUUGGAAACUGGGCGUUUCAGUAUCCGGAUGUACGGGCGGUGUGGCCCGGAUCGGUGCCGGCGGACGUCGAUGUCCUGCUGACGCAUGGACCACCGAGGGGCCAUCUUGACGACGGGGGAAAAGGUUGUCCGCAACUCAUGAAAGAGAUUCUACGGGUGCGGCCGAAGCUGGUGGUCUUUGGCCAUAUUCACCGUGGUCACGGGCAGGAGCGGCUAUCGUAUGAUGGGUUUCAUAGGGCAUACGGCGGGAUUAUGAGUGGGAAUGAUACUUUGCUUUCGGCGAUGGGGAUGCUGUUCUGGUUCUGCAUCUCGCGUGUCGGCAGGAUGCUUGGUUGGCAUGCCACGACGGAGACGACCAUGGUCAAUGCUGCGGUUGUAGGGGAAUCGAUGGAUCGUGCAGUACAUGACGGCAUUGUUGCCAAGUUAUGA